AUAUUAAUACUAAAACGAUAUAAAAUAUUGGAAGGGCCUUUAAGAUCAACCGUUCCUUCUCCUCCCAUCCACCCGCGUCCCCCCCUCCUUCCCCCUCCCUUUUUUGCACUGGGCCCCUGGAAAAAGCCAUGAAUUUUGAAUUUGAGAGGGAGAUAGGCUUCAUAAACAGCCAGCCAUCGCUAGCGGAGUGUCUGACGUCCCUUCCCGCUGUCCUGGAGACAUUUCAAACUUCAUCAAUCAAGGAACCACCGACGUUAAUUCCUCCUCCUUUAGAACAAACCCUCCUCGGCUUGGAUCCUUCAUCCAGCAACCAGCCUACGCCAAGGAGCCAAAAGAGACCAAGACAUGGGCAGGCCCAGAGACCCGCGCUCCAGCCUCCUUCCCUGGCAGGAGAAUUCCCCUGGAUGAAGGAGAAGAAAUCCUUCAAGAAAGCCAGCCAAGUCCCUGCUGCUGCUGCUGCUAAUGCUGCUGCUGCUGCUGCUACUACUACUUCUCCUUCCUCCUCCUCUUUGCCUGGAUCUGCAGCGGGUUCUCCUGCAGACGUCCAGGGUUUGUUAGACAACAGCGGGAGCGGCUCUCGACGGCUGAGGACGGCUUACACCAACACGCAGCUGCUGGAGCUGGAGAAGGAGUUCCAUUUCAACAAAUACCUCUGCAGACCUCGCCGGGUGGAGAUCGCGGCUUUGCUGGACCUGACGGAAAGACAAGUGAAGGUCUGGUUCCAAAACCGACGGAUGAAGCAUAAGCGACAAACGCAGCAUAAGGAAAUCCCCGAGGGGGACGCCAGCUUGGAUCAAGGCAGCGAAGAGGUGGAGGAGGAGGAAGAGGAGGAGGGCAGCUCUCCAUUUGGAGACGUCCUGGAGAUCCCUUGUCCUUACCCUCCCCGCAGCAGCAGAGAGCCGCCGAGGCCCCCCGCUGGCUACCUGACACCCGCCGAGGAGAGCGCCCCCAACGCAGAGCCAAAUGGGACAGAUGGCGCCCGCUCUUCCUCCUCUUCCUCUUCCUCCCUGGACAAUGCCUUCCUGGAAAGCCAGAAGUCUCCUUUGUUGCCACCAGACCUGAAUAUUUUCUCUGUGGAUUCCUGCCCACAGACCUCAGAAGGGCUUUCUCCCAGCUUCCAGGGGUUCUUAGACAGCCCUGUCAGCUUCUCCGUAGAAGAUCUGGACUUUUUUACAAGCACACUUUGUACUCUCGAUCUGCCACAUUUGAAUUUCCAGUAAACACCCUCCGACAUUCCUUAUCUGCCUUGGGUUAUAUGCCCCUAUAAAUAUACACAGGCAUGCACACAUCAACAGCUCCCUAUGCCAUGGAAACCGAAAGUACGCUCCCCCACCCCACGCCUGAUCAUAGCCCCCUCAUACCCCCUCCACACCCCAUUGAAAAAGCAUUUAUUUCGAAAGAGGUUUGUGAGUCUCUAGUGGACCCGAACCUAAGAAAUAUUUCUGCCACUUUCUUUUAAAGGAAUCUAUGUUCUGACUGAAUUCAGGUAUUUCUAUCUCGUAUAUAUUUUUAUUCAGACAGUAAUAAAGGGGUGCCACGCUUAAGGAGAUAUUUAUCAGAUUGAGGGAGAAAAAUGAAGUCUGGCCUUUGAAAUAUCUUCAGAAGCUCCCUUCACCUUUUCCCCAGAAAGCUUGCAUUAGAAAUCCUCGAUUCAAGAAGAAAAUGUCUAUCCGUUUUUCUAAAAAAGUGAACUUCUCAGGAAACAAAGCAAGACGUUUAGAUUUAUUAAUUUAAAGAACAAAAUAGGAAGAAGGAAAAAAUUAAAAACAACAAGAGCGAUGGAGGUUUUGUCCCUUCUUUUUAUGUUUUAGAGGUAGAUUAUUUAUUCAAAUGCUUUAAUAGUAAAAUGCAAAUUAUUUAUUGUACAUUAUUUUCAUAGAUUAAAUAAAUGGUUUUAUAGUAUUAAA